AAAAAGUUACUGGAAUACUUUUACGCGAAAUAUCAAGUAGUCAAGAAUCAUUUGAUUAUGAAUCUGAAUUAUAUUAUAUGUUAAGCCCAACAAAAUCUAUUAUUUCUGGCAACAACAAUGAUGAUGAACAACAAAUCGGGAUAAACAAUGAAUUAAUAAUAAAUAACAACAACAAUAUCAACAAAACUUUUCAAAAACAAGUUGAUCAAAUUGAAAAAAUAUGUAAUGAUUUGGAUAUUUCAUUUUCAUUAUAUAACAAAUCUGAAAUUUAUCAAGAUUUUUAUAAAGCUUUAAAUACAACAAAUUCAUCUUCUGAAUUAUCAUUGAUAAAUUCUAAAAAAGAUUUAAAUUCUUUUGCUAUAAUUAAUUCGAAAAUUUUUGAUUAUAUGAACAUUAAUAUGAAUGAUCCUGAUAAGAAAUCUUUUCAUCAAUUAGUUCAACUUUCAAUAAAACAUUUGGAUAAUUUUAUAGAACUUAAAAUUUUAGUUAAUUCUAUGAGGCAUUUAAAUAAUUGUAAUGAAUUAAAUAUCAAGAAAAUUCUACUUUUGCUCGUUUAA